AUGCUAUCACCUGCAGACCGGAAGCUUCUUGUCAUUGUGAGAGAGCGACCAGUCUGGAAACAACUGACACCUUCUGUGUGCUUUUUCUUCCUGUUUAACAGGCAUUACCUGGUAGUCCUGGGGCCAAAGGUGGACCUGGAGAUAAAGAUGAGCCUGGUCCCAGAGGUCAUGCUGGCAUGUCCGGUGCCCCUGGACCUUUGAGAGGUCAACCCCUGGACCUUUGGGCGAGCCUGGGGUUCCUGGUAUGGAAGGAGUUUCUGGUCCCAAGGGAGACCGAGGUCAGCGCGGUCCAGUGGCUCCACAAGGAAUAGUCGGAAAGGCUGGAAGCAAAGGAGAGAGAGGACCGAUGGGUGUUCCAGGUGCUCAAGGUCUGAGUGGAACCAAAGGAGACAAGGGCUUCCAAGGAAGAGGUGGACCCAAAGGAGACAUUGGAGACCCUGGUGUGGAGGGGAUGGCUGGUGAGAAAGGUGAAAAGGGUAUGUCUGUAAAAUCUGGCCCUAAAGGACAGCACAGAGUGAGGGGAGACCUUGGACAUAACGGUCCAACUGGAGACUGGGAAGCCAGGUGAUCUAGGACCCCCUGGACUGCCUGGUCCUCGGGGGUUGAACGGCAUGAGAGGAGUGCCUGGCAUGCCGGGUAUUGAGGGUCCACCGGGACAAGAUACAUCUGGCCAGCAUGUUAUUGAUGUGGUGCUAAGAAUGUUGCAAGAGAGGCUGGCAGCAGUAGCAGUGAGCAAUAAAAGGGCUGUGCCAUGGGACCACCCAGCUCUCCUGGACCUCCGGGAUCAACGGUUCCACGAGGACCACAUGGUUUGCCUGGUUCUCGAGGAAUUUCUGGGAUGAUAAGAGCGGACGGACAGAUCGGAAACACAGGUC